UCUAUUUGAGGGGAUAACGCAUACAUUCUCGUCCCUGAAUCAAACUUAUGCACACAGACAUGCAGGGUACAGAGAUAGCAGGGCUUAGGGUCAUCUCUUCCACGACUUCCAUGAAGCCAGUGUGCCGUAGUGUUACUGAUCGCUCACAUCAUGAAGCACCCAGAUCUUUGUGUGAGAAAAUGUUUCAGCCUUUGUUCUCACGGUUUUAUUUUGUCAGUGCUAAAUGCUCUCUGCGUGACAGGAACAAGUGAAAAAUUAUUUAUACCGGGCAAAGAAUACGUCUACUCUUAUGAUGCCUCGUCCAGCACUGGUGUUUUUUUACCAGACUCUGCCGAAUCCGUCUGGAGCUUUCAUGGGAAACUCGUUAUUCAGGCCGAUCAGGAAGACUCUGUUUUAAUGCAGUUGCAAUCGUUGAAAACCAGCGCAUGGAAUGGACCGUCAAAUCAAGGUACUAGAGAAUCAAUCGACAUUAGCGAUGAAGCCCUGGAAAUGCUGAAUCCUUUUAGGGUGUGGUAUCGUCUAGGCCGCGUUGAAAAUAUAAGUGUGGAAACAGAGCCAGCUUGGGCUACCAAUAUUAAACAAAGCAUAGCGGGUAUUCUGCAGUUGGACAUUUCUAACAUCCACCAAGAUCUGACCUCUGCCUUUCACUCCAUUGAGACCAAUCACUACGGCGAGUGUAACAUCGAGUAUGUUGUAAUGCCUCAAAGUGCUGAUGAGAAAUCCAUUUUAAAAUCUGUCGAUCCACGAACCUGCAAAGGGCAUGGAAUCCGAACUUGGAGCAAUGUGCCCGACAUGAGCUGCCCUAACAAUGACCAAAAUCCUGUAAUGAAAUCCAGCGAGAGAUUUUAUGAGAUGAAAAUAAGUGACGAUGCAGAUACUAUUGAAUUUGUCAACGCAACUGGUGGCAUUUUUGUACAACCCUUUCAGAGCCUUGGCGAAGCUCAGUUCCUAUAUGCAAGACAGGUCUUUCGACUUUUAUCGAUAAAUGAAGUAACGGAAGUUAUUCCUACAAAGCGUAUGAACACCUUUCCUCUGCAUCAUUAUUUACCAGAAGAUGAUGUAUCAAUGUUGAGGAAUGUGCCUUUAAAAUCGGAAAUAUUAAGACCUAUAGAAAGACUCUUGGAAAAGUUGAGUCAGCGUCUAGAAAACCCGGGGCUCGAUGUCGAGGUCGAAAAUUUACACAACACAACAAUAGCCGACCUUCUGUAUUACAUGGGGAUGCUAGAGCGAAUGGACUUGCAGAACUUGCAUGACCAAAUAUCUGGAACGAGCUACAAAGAAGAAACUAUAAUGAACCUCUUUCUCGAAGCACUGCCACAAGUUGGAAGCAAAGACGCGGCGCUCUUUAUCCUAGACUUAAUUCAACAGAAGAAAGUUUCGAAUAUCGUCGCAGUCCAACUUCUAACGUAUCUUCCUUUCCACAUAAGGAAACCUGACGUAGAAUUACUCGUAGAUUUACAAGCAUUCCUCAAUCUGCCCGACAGUAUUGCUUCUGAAGUUCAGAAUACAGCAAUAUUGACUUAUGGAACCCUUAUUUACAAAACUUGCUUAUUGUAUUGCCCCUACGAAAUGCUAGAUGACUAUGUUCGUCUUUAUCUGGACAAGUUUACAGAGAGCAGACAGUAUGAGAAAAAAAUGGUCUGGCUUGAGGGUCUGUCCAACAUCCAACUAGGCAAAGUGGUUGAGUUUCUUGAGCCCAUUGCUCGUGGCGAUUCUACAAAGUCUCGACACCUGCGUUUCCUUGCAGCCUGGGCUUCGUUGCCUUCGGCUCCUCUCAGACCCGACGUGAUUCAUCCAGUUUACUGGCCAAUUUUGGUCAACAGAACGGAACACUUGGAAUUAAGAGUCGCAGCAAUGACUCUACUAAUAGUAUCGUCUCCGUCGCUUAGUCGAUUGAUAUCCCUUUACUGGUACAUGCAAGGAGAGCCUGAUCAACAUUUGUACAAUUUUUUUUAUACAACUUUGAAGUCGAUGGAGCAAACCAACUUUCCUUGCUACACUCGCAUAGGACAGUUCGCUGCGCAAUUUACACGUAUGCUCCGGAAACCGUCUAAUAAGAAACUUCUGGUUACUGGAAACUAUGUACUUGAUUAUCAGGAUACUUACAGACACUUUGGAUCCAUGCUUCAGACUAUUAUAAUUGGAAACCCCGUCUCAAAUGUUCCCACCGUAGCGUACGUGACGCUAAAUAAUCACGGAGCAGGAAUUAGCUCGAAUCAACUUGCACUGUACAUUAAAGCGGACAGCGCGCUGGAAAAGAUAGCACCCAUUAAGGAAUCUGGGGAUAUAAUGGAAGUUUUGAAACAGUUUAAAAUCAAAGAAAAUCCGGAAAAACCAGUACAUGUAGAAAUAAUUGCACAGAUUCAAGGAAAGGCAGUAUUGUGCUUACAUUUGAACGAAACAAACAUCAAGAAAGGCUACAAGUUUUUAAUGGAUCUCACAGAAUAUGCCUACAUAUUUCAAAAUAUGGCGUUUCACAUCAAUCAGCAACGCAUCAACGUUCCUCUGACCAUGGAAUCCGUGCAAGUAACUGAUCUCGGAACAAAUGCGAGAAUUUUCGCAACAGCAACAUCCAUGUUUUCUAUGAGGGGAGAUUUUAUCUACACACCGCACGGGCGUAACAAUCACAUCGUACUGCGCACUUCAACUCACGGGGUCGAAGGUAUAGAGAGUUAUAAUCCACUUACUGACUUGUGGCACGUGGCACAGAGAGCUCGAUCCAUUCAUGCCUAUCUUCCAGUAAAUAUUACCGUUGGAAAAAUGUUCUUCUCUUAUAUCACUCCCAAAGAGCACGUAACCACCGGUAUUACAGCUCAUGUAAGGACUACAACUAGUAUUCGGGGUCCUCUCUUGAAUUCUAAGUUGAGUUCUAUGUGUGCGAAUUGUCAGGCGAUCUACACUGCAAGAAAUCAUCCAAAUAGCAAUUUGCAGGGACUUAAGGCAUUCGAUCUGACGGCACCGGAACUGGGCAGUCAGUUAAACGUCAAAUUAUUUGAUUGCGAUUCUCGAGUUUCACCGCAUCGUUUGGUCGACGAUAUAAUGGCAUCCCAUCGCAGUAACUAUCAAAUAUGGCCAGUCCUGAAAUCAGGUAUUUUGAUCUUUCACUUCAUGGAUUAUUUCACGUACGUCCCACCUGGAGGCACCUGUGGAAUCGCGGCUCAUGCUAAAUUGUACGAUUUACAACCAACCGAGGUAAAAGUAGAAUACGUAAAUGAUGUAAUUGGCAAACAGAGGCGAAUUUCUCUCACUCGAGGACUCAUUGGAUCAAGAGAUUUCUUACAAGAGUGGAAAAUCAUUAUCACUCACGAUACUUUGAACUCAUUUGCUAAUGGAGUUCAAAUAAAGGCAACCAGAACUGAAAAGGGGCAAAAACCUUGGCUGAUGCACAUCUCUGCAGGAAGUCUCCUUCCAUCGACGCCUUCGAGACGCAGUCUACUGAAUAAUACUCCGAGUGGAAUUUCUUCUAUGGAAUUGAAUAUGACGUGGGGAACUGGUGAUGUAAAUGAGGUGAAAAGUAAAGGUUCGUUGUUACAAGUAAUAUUACGCGGUAAACUUAGCAACGAUCAAAUAACGGAGAGCAAGUCCAAAGUUUGGCCCUAUGAAAAAUGUCGGCAAGAAUCUUUGGGGAAGAAUUUUGUUCCUUAUACCGAAGCCUGUUACGAAGCGUCCAGAGAAUUGUCCACUUUGAGAGAGUAUCAUGCUCUGGUUACCUACGAAAAUCUAACAGGAGCCCUCUCAGAAGCCGUUUUGGAGUUACGAACUUUUUAUGAUCUGAUGGACUUUGACAAGAGUAGAGCCGAUCUUUCGCAAUCGGAUAAAUUGUUCAUAAACGCAAUAUUCCCAAAGGGAUCGAACAGACCGCUAUUGUAUGUGAACAAGGUGCAGCUUCCGGUAUAUGAAUUAGAAAAUCUCAGUAUUAUAGAGAGUAUUUUAAUGAGGACAAGAUCUCACGAAUAUUGGGAUAAUCCUAUAUCAACAAAUUUCUUUAGUACUUGUCUGGUGACUGCGACAUUUUUGAGAGCGACAAAUAACGUCUCUGCCCUGUUUCCACAAGAUGAAGAAACUUUAUUACUGGGACAUUGCCGCAGCAGUAAACCGACCUUUGCAGUUACGUCAAAGACUGAUUCCGCUAAUUUAACUUUGACGUUAUAUGACAGUAGUGAUAGAAUAAAAAUUGUGCCAGAGGGAGGCCAUGAAGCCGUUUACAACCACAGUGAGAAAUUGCUAUUCGAGCGAAACUAUGUCUCCAGAAAUGUGAAUGGAAAAGAAAUAAGAAGCUACAUUUUCAACGACAUGAACGGAAAAAAAAUAAGAAUGGGUGAGAAUAUGGUAGAACUCGUAUACGUGGACAUCGCAUUAUUUGUGUACUGGACACCGGAGCAAAUAGUUUUACUCUACCCCGACUAUGUGCAAGAAUUUUCGUGCGGUCUUUGCGCAAAACAUACAGAUGAAGCGCGAAUACUUGGCUGAAAAGCUGAGAUUCCUACAGUGGAUAUUUACUUCAAUGAAUAAGGUAGAAAUAAUUUUGAUAACAUAUUUUUUAUGUGAAGAAAUUAGAUUAGGAAGUAGUAUUGAUUAAAUAUUAAACGUUCGUAAAUACUUUAUACUCCUUAUAGGAUUUAAUAUGAAAAAAAUCGUGACUGGUUAAUGACUAAAUUUUAGAAAAGUAACAAUAUUUAUUUUGGCUUUAUAUUCUAAAGUCAAAACUAAAGAUAAAAUUAUUGUUAUUAUAUAAUAGUG